UGCUUCUUUCUAAAUGUCAGCAUAGCCCUAUUGGUAAAAUUCCUGCCUUUGAAUCAGAACAGCAUGUCCAAAUCUUGUAUGCAAGUUUGUUUUCUGUCCAAUGUUAAUACUGCAAUGCAGUAUGAGAGAGCUGCUGACUUUGUGGCAGUCCUUUCUCACGCAGUCAAGGUGCAGGGGGAAAGGAGGGGGCAGGAAGAACCUUCUGGUUGUUUGGGUGAAAAUGAAGGAGUUGAUGCUGUAAUGCUGUUUCUAAAAAUUCUCGAGUGAAUGUCCUGACAAGCACAUCCUCUGACCUUGUUCUAAAAUCCAGGUGUUGUCAACUAUUGUUACUUAAUUUUAUUACAUACCUAAUUUGUUACUUAGGUGUACUUUAUAAUAUUCUGAUACCUUGUUAGGACCAACCACAAGCAACAAAAUCUGUUCUUCAUACUACAAGUUUAAUUGGAUUUGAAUAGAUAUCAUUUAAAUAUUAAAGGCAUAGUCUGAAGUAACGAGUCAAUAUUUUAUGCUCGAGAGUCUAAUGUUGUGAGUAAAAAUGACAAAACUGCGUCUUAAACCAGCAGUUUUGUGUGCUUAGGCUCAUAUCUUUUCUUUGUUCAGCAUAGCACCAGAUCUGACGCGUGGUGGCUUUUCUAUUGCUGCGUAUAGCAAAGCUUUCAAGAAGGAGAUUUCAACUAUCCUAAGACAAAAGUUCUGCAAGUAUGACCUCUUCUCAAGUCACUUUUGAAGUAAGAGGACCAUCAGUACCAGGAGAGGUUUUUGCAAUAUGUGGGAGCUGCAGUGCUUUGGGAAAUUGGAAUCCACAAGUUGCAGUGGUUCUCCAAACUGACGAUCGUCAAUUAUGGAAAGCUACUGUAGAGCUUCCUAGAGGAGUUCCUGUUCGGUAUCGGUAUUUUAAAGGGUACUUCCUAGAACCUAAGACUAUCGAUGGUCCCUGCGAAGUCAUAGUUCACACGUGGGAGACUCAUCUACAACCACGAUCAAUUACCCCUUUAGAAAAUGAAAUUACAAUUGAUGAUGGAUACUUUGGAAUCCGUAAUGGUAUUGAAACUGUGGAUGCUGGGUGGCUGACUUGUCAAACAGAAAUAAGAUUACGUCUGCAUUAUUCUGAGAAACCACCUGUAGUGAUAUCGAAGAAGAAAUUCAAAACAUCAAGGUUUAGAGUAAAAUUGACUCUAGAAGGCCUAGAGGAAGAUGAGGAUGACGAAGAGGGCCAAGAGAAAACAUCCCCUACUGUCCCUCAGAAAAUGGCAAACACUGUGGAGUUCUCCUUAAUAAGUAACAACGAAUAUAAAUGUCGACACUCUCAGCCAGACUGUGGCUACGCUUUGCAGCCAGACCGAUGGAUAGAAUACACUAUACAAACCAUGGAGCCUGAUAACUUGGAAUUAAUCUUUGAUUUUUUUGAGGAAGAUUUAGGUGAGAAAGUAGUACAAGGUGAUGCGCUCCCAGGUCAUGUAGGUUCUGCCUGCCUCCUGUCAUCCACAAUUGCAGAGCUUGGGAAGAGUGCUGGAAUUCUUACACUUGCUAUUAUGAGCAGAAAUCCAAGGAAGACAAUUGGAAAAGUUAGAGUGGACUACAUAAUUAUUAAGCCGAUCCAGGGAUACAGUUGUGAUAUGAAGGCUUCAUAUGCAAAAUAUUGGAAACCAAGAACAACUCUAGAUGUUGGACAUAGGGGAGCAGGAAAUUCUACAACAACAGCUAAACUUGCUAAAGUUCAAGAGAACACUAUUGCCUCUCUGAGGAAUGCUGCUAGUCAUGGAGCAGCAUAUGUGGAAUUUGAUGUACAUCUUUCUAAAGAUCAUGUGCCUAUUGUAUACCACGAUCUCACAUGUUGCAUGGCCAUGAAAAAGAAACUGGAUACGGAGCCUUUGGAACUGUUUGAGAUUGCAGUCAAAGAACUCACGUUUGAUCAGCUACAGUUAUUGAAGCUGGCUCACGUGACUGCCCUGAAAGUAAAAGAUCACAAUGCAUCUUUUAAAGACGAAGAAAACUCUGCUUUUGAGACCCAGCCAUUUCCUUCUCUGCAGAGAGUCCUGGAGUCUGUUUCUGAAGAUGUUGGGUUCAACAUAGAAAUAAAAUGGAUCUGCCAGCAAAGGGAUGGACAGUGGGAUGGCAACUUGUCAACUUACUUUGAUAUGAACCUCUUUCUAGAUAUUAUUCUAAAAACUGUUUUGAUGAAUGCUGGAAGAAGAAGGAUUGUAUUUUCUUCUUUUAAUGCAGAUAUUUGUACAAUGGUUCGGCAUAAGCAAAACAAGUAUCCUGUGUUAUUUCUCACCCAAGGAGAAUCUAAACUCUAUCCAGAACUUAUGGAUCUUAGGUCUCGUACAACUCCAAUUGCCAUUACUUUUGCACAGUUUGAAAACUUGUUGGGAAUUAAUGUGCACUCUGAAGACCUGCUGAGGAAUCCAUCAUUUAUUAAAAGGGCCAAAUCUAAAGGCCUAGUGAUUUUCUCAUGGGGUGAUGAUGCAAAUGACCCAGAUAACAGGAAGAAGCUGAGAGAAUAUGGUGUUCAUGGGCUAAUAUAUGACAGGAUAUAUGACUCAAAUCCUGAACAACCAAAUAUAUUCCAGGUGGAGCAGCUGGAACGUCUCAAGAAAGAAUUACCAGAGUUGAAAAGCUGCGUGUGUCCCACGGUUAGCCACUUCAAAUCCAUAUCUCCAUGUAAAUGUCAUCAUAGUUGCCUGGAAGAGAACGCUGUAGAUAACUUGAAGAGUGUUCAAAUGCAAAAGGACUGAUUCUAGGCAGAAUGCCGUUUUGUAUCUAUUUAACUUUCACCAUUGGAACAGUGCUGUCUAUGCCUUCAGGUUUGUUUGUUUUAUUUUUAAGUCCCCAAAUAGCAAUAACUGUGUUCCUCCUUCCUGACAGUACUUGUUAAAAUUUCAAACAAUGUUAAAAUAUUCAGCCAGCUAUAGUUAUUGUUCCAGUUUACAUACACAGUUUUAACUUUUUCCUGUAAUCCAAGUCUCAAACCUUGAAAAAGAAAAUUAAGUAUUAACACUAAGUGUGUUUUUAAAAAUAUAAAAAAAAUAUUAAGCAGUCUGAGGAGUGGAAGCUCAGAAACUAAAUUGUAGGGAAAUUACAAUGAUCUGGUAUUGAAUAUGCUGAAAAAUUGUUUUGACUUUGAUUUUACUUCAAUGCUAUGGCUUGUCAGCCUGUAUCUGACAACAGGAAAUUGAGAGUGAUUGUAAGAUACAUGUAAUUAGAUCUGGCCUGAAUAAAUUGGUACCUCAUGUAUAUGUAUUUGCACUGAUAGAUCCACCUGUAUAAAGCUUUGUGCCAUUUUAUAAUACCUAUAUAUUUUUAAGUAACCUGCAAUGCAUAUUAACUCAUUUUUUCCCCACUUCAUUGGACACUUAGGCUGCUACCAUUACUCUGAUUUGCCAAUUCAUUGGUACAGUGUCUGUGUAUAGCAGUCAAGGGUGAACCACAAGUAUGAUUAUUUUUUUCAUUAAUCUCACACAGGCCUGCUAACGUUUAGAAAUGUUGCAAAUAAUUUUAACAGAAUUACAGAAACGCCUUCAGUGGUUGAGAAUCUUUUUUGCACAGUAACCUUAAUAAACAGAAUAUGUAACAUGCACAAACUCUACAAAAUGCAUGCUUUAGUUAUGAAGCAUGAAAUUUAGGUGUUUGCUGAGGUCCUUGCAUCUUUACGGUGCUAGUUAUGUGUGAAGGGUGCAAGGACUAACUCAGCUACUUAAUCUUCUUUGCCUAAAACCACAAGUCUAUUAUUCACAAACAUUUGAAGAAAAGGCUAUCCCAUACAUGGUUUGUCUCAUUUACAUAAUACAAGCUACUAGCUUUUGUAUUUUGCAAGAUUUUUUUUUUUUUUCCUCAGAGCAAGAAUCGCAAAUAUACUGAAUUCAGAUAAUCGGUAUUCUGUUAGCUGGUGUCUAUCCUCUGUAAUUUAUUACAAAGUCAUAGUUUAGAGUUCUUAAUAGAUAGGUAUGCAUGUCCUUUUUCCUCCUGAAGUUGCAGGUUAUGCCAACACAACAGCUGUAACUUUCUACUGAAGUGUUAAUGUAUAAUAAGAAUGGAAAAUAUUUAUUUUUUUCUCUUGUAAAUUGACAAUGAAAACAAUAGUGUGUACUAUAUUCUUUAUAUACAGUUAUUGCUACAUAGAACUGAUUGUACAAAGAGUAAAGCCAUUGCAAAUAAGUGCUUGAGCCUGCACUGCUGAGCAGCUUGAACCAAACAGCUUGUUUUGACUUGCCUUGUGCAUUUUAGUAUUCAAAGUUUGUUUGUCCUGCACAAACAGCACAGUAAUGAUUAG